UCUGUCCGUGAUCGGUCAUUGGCCGACAGACUGGCGGUCAGAGUUGACUCGCUGACUGGUAUGCGCCGUGAGGUCGGUCGCAGAGUGGGAUCAGUGGCGGCAAGCAUAGUCUUUGCAAAGUUCCUAUGAUUGCGCCGACGAUGGACCACGAAGUGGUUGCCUUGGACUACUCCAAUCAUGGCAGCAAGAAGCGCAGCCCCCUACAGGACAUAUCAACCAACCAGCCACCAAGCAAACGACGAAGGAGCUUUGGCAAACGUUCCAAUGCCAAGGCGGUGACAGGAACAGACAUUGAAAAUGUUGACAUCACGGAAAACAGUGACGACAGUUCGUCAUCGCAUGACAAGUGGGGGGUGGACAAUCGUGUUCCAACUGAGAUCCUAGAGGAUAUGGGCAUUGAUUACCUAGAAGAUGAAUCUCCGCAGACAAGCAUUUGUACAAAGCCACCAUCACCACCACGGGCAUCGCGCAAGUUUUCCAAGGGACAGAAACGUGAUGCCCCAUCUGCAUCAGGUACGCCACCAAGGACGGUGCCAGACACCUUCACACUUCACAAGCGAAGCAAACAGGACCCUGGCAAUGGUAAAGACCCAUUUGAAGACUUUUCAGAUGAGACUAUCCUGGAAAUCUUCAAGUGGCUGCCCAAGCCAACACUAGCCAUAUGUGGUCGCGUCUGCCGCCGUUGGAUGGAGAUAGCGUUUGACGAAAGCCUCUGGCGGCGGCUUGACCUCAGCAAAAAGCACUUGGGCCCCGGUGUGCUCGGGAAUGCGCUCAAUCGUGGCGUCGUCGUCCUCAGGCUAGCAACAGCUGAAAUCAAAUCACCUGUCUUCACUGACGCGCCCAUGCUGUCCUACCCAGCUGAUGAAAGCUGGCCCUCGUGCAAGGUUCAGUACCUCGACCUGAGCAUGGCAAGCAUCAGCGAGGACGCCCUGUGUGAGCUGCUCGCUAGCUGCUCCAACCUCAAGAAACUCAGCCUGGAGCAGUGUAGACUAAACGACCGGGUUUGCAGGAUGAUUGGCGCAAACCAUGCCUUGGAGAGCCUCAACAUGAGCAUGGCGAGUGGCUUCACACACUUGGGCAUCACCUCUAUUUGCAGGGGCUGCAAAAGUUUAACAUCCUGGAACCUUGCUUGGACUAAGAUGACUACAGCUUGCAUCGACUCUCUUGUGCUGACUGUAACACCUGUGCUGCAGGAACUGAACAUUGCGGGCUGUCGCAGUGAGAUCACCAAUGACCAUGUGUCUGCGCUUGUAGAGCGUUGCCCUCACCUUUUGGAGCUAGACCUCAGCGAUGCCACAGAAAUCAGCUGUGAUGCCAUGCGCGCCAUCGUGAAUGGCCUCCCCGAGCUGCAGCAUCUAUGCAUCAGCCGCUGCUAUAGCAUCGCACCAACUACCUUCCUCACACUGUCGCAAAUGCCAUCCCUGCAGCAACUCGAACUGUUCGGCGUGCUGGGCGACAACGCACUGCACGCAGUCCGCAGGAGGCUGCCGAACCUUGACAUCAACAAGCAGCUCUUCUCGACCAUCGCACGCCCGACGACCGGCAUCCGCAGGACUAGCAUAUGGGGCCUCAAAGUCCGCGACUAAUGGCUGCUCGCAGUUGGGGCAGAAGUGCACUUCAUCAUAGACGCCCAUGCAAUGGCUUUAGCAUUCCUGUGGCACUCGAGAGGGGGUGAAUGGGACCAAAUGGAACAGCUUCGAACACACUCUUGCAAAGCUUGCACAAACGUUGGCAGGAGCAUGUUUUGAGCCGGCCCAAGUGUUCCCAUUUGCCUGCCUGCAAGUGCCGUUAGGUGCCACUUUUAGACUUGCUUUCAACUGCAGGACAUUUCUUAGUGAGCCUUAGCUCCAGGACAGAAGUGCUGACUGCCUUAUUUCUUGCGUGUGCCAAACUGUGACUGCGUAGAUAAUUUUAUUCCAAGUGUCCCAAGCAACUUUUGUAAUCAUAGUGGUUUUUAACUUCGGUGUUGCUGAUGUGCCAUUCGUGAAUCACUGCCACAGCAGUCCUCCCAGAGCAAUGUGCUGCAAGAUCUCUAAUGCUUACCUAGUUUAGUGUUUGUAGUACUUUUUUUGUCGCACAGUCAUUAACUUACUUUCUAGUUCUGUAAGGCUAAGAACGGCGUACCAUGGAAAACGACAUCUACCAAAAAUGUCCCAAAAUUUUUGUGCUUUGCUUUGAGGUCGUGUGAGGGGGAAAAAAAAAAGGACUGGUAGCAGGACAUUUUCUUUCCAGUCGGCCAUUUGGCGAGAGCUGUCAAUAUUUUGCAUGCGCACAGGUCGAGAAACGCUCGCAGACUCUUUGCCCGCAUUCGGCAAUUCGCUCGCCGCCGCGCCUCGGGCUCCACUGCUAUCGCAUACAUCGUGGCCUCGUUCCGGUGGACUGCCUUGAGUUCCCGACGUCUCCGUGGACAGGUGGCAUGAACGACUUGUCAGUGCCGCUCCCUCUAGUCGAGUGCCCUCAACUCUCUCCUCGCAGGUCUUUCAUGCUUUGUGUGGUGAACAGUCCCGUGGUGCGCUCAGCUGUGGCACUUCCCCGUCGAACUCAAAUGCGCAGCUCAAAUGCUCUGGUUAACUGCAGCCAACAUAUCAUGUCUACCUCUCUUGGUUUGCAUUGAAAGUGAGACCACAAGCCCGGCGACAUGUGUGUCUGUUACUGUAAAUAAUGUGUCAGUGUGGGUAAGUGUGCAUCAACCCUGGCCCUGAAAGACAUGUCACUGGGACAUUGGAGUCAGCGUUUACGUCGAGCACAUGGUUGAAGCUAGCGGUGAAAUGUGGGAAGAUGCAGGUCCUUUAGCUCGCCACUUGACAAAAAGUUGACAUGCUCUCGGAGCAGUGCUUGCCUUCUGUUCACUCACAGUUGUGUUGUAACCACAAGGUGGCCCACUGCGUGGCUUUCGGUAUUUGGUCAUGUGCAUGUCAUGCCGAGACGAAACCAUUUGGUUGGCACUGUGUUUAAACAUGUGUGUUUGUGAUACUAUAAGCCUCUGUGUCUUCCACUGGUUGAAGACUGUCACAAACCUUGUUGCAGGCUCCAACUAUGCUCUUGCAAUCAAACUUGAUUAACUUAAAACUUAAACUGAUCAUUUACUAGCUAUGCGUACCUUGCUGGAUUUAGUUCCUGUUUUCAUCAAGCAGAAGAUCGGCUGCGCCAUUUCUCACAUCUGCAGUCGUGGACAGCAUACAUACAUUUAUCUGUCAUACUUAAGUGCAAGUACUGAAGGAAAAAAAAUUGCUUCUACUGUACCGCCGGCGUAUAGUGCACCGUAAAUGACCAACGAAUACAGCACCAAGGCAAGUUCACUUGCCGAAAGAGCAGUAUCUAAACUUGAAGAGAAAUUGUUUAACCUUUUGUUACGGCGUAUGAUAACGUGCGUCUACCAUGCAUCCUUGCUUCCGUUGUUCUAACUGGAAACAGGAACUGAUAUGCAUGAAUUGCAAUUAUUUUGUAUGCUGUUUGUUAGAAAGUGAAGUGGGUUUAUAGCCCGGUGUAUGCCGCAGAUGGCUUCAUUAGAGGAAGCAGGCAAAAGGACACAGGGCACCCCUGUUACCUUGUGGUCAUUCUUUCAUCUCUUCUGAAUGUGUUCUGACAUGUGUUUUCAACCUAUGCCAAAUUUACUAUGUAGUUCAACAGCACAUUCUGGCAAGCACAACCACAGAUUGCUGUUAAACUAGCCUAAUUUAUGGAUGCAAUGAAAUGGCUUUCUUUAACCGCAGCGUCCUUUAGUCCAGAAGUCUACUGAAUCACCGUUUUUUCGAACGCGUCGUACUUGCGAUUCAUCUAGCUGUAGCCGUCAGGGGCCAAGCUCCAAGCUACGCCCUAAAAGGCAACAGUGUAUGUAGACUGUAGCGUUUUGUCCUGCUUUGUGUUAAGAGCAUCGCAGUGACAUUAAAGCCUCCUAUUUCAAUUAUGUUUGCUUCAUAAUUUUAUUAUCACGUUUUGCCUGGGCGGUUGAGGCUACGUUCUUGUGUUCAUGCAUUCAUUGGUUGUUUUUAGUACGACUUGUUCCAGCAGUGAUCAGCCUGUGCUUGUGAAGGUCUGGCUGCAAUUUUUUUAACACCUUAUGAUUAAGGCUAGUUAUGUGAAGGGAGCAGAUUUAAUCGCGGCCCAGCUUUCUAAGAGUUUAACCGUGGACGAGGCACUUCAAAAAGCAAUUUUUAAACAAUUUGAAUAAUAUUUGCAUAGUUCAUUCAUUUUCACCAGGUGAUCUCAACAAUAAAAUAAUUUUUUUUCUAUGAUAAAUGUUUUUUAUGAUGUCCAAAACAGGAUGUUCUUUGUUUAGGGUUAGCUAAUUAGCUAAUUCAAAGCAACUUGCAAGGCAACGUACUGCACAUGGAAUCGAUUCGGAAUGUUCACAGUUUGUCGUUAGCUAUAAAUUGUUGUUUUAGGCCAUUUUUAAGCAAUGUUAUAGGUGGUCAAACUUAGCCAUAACAAAUGCCCAACUUGAUAUUUUUCUAUUAUCAAGGUGGGCAUUUUUUAUGGCUAAGUUUGACAACAUAUAACUUCGCUCAAAAAUGACCUAAAACAAUCUGUAGCUUACGACACAUUGUGAACAUUCAGAAUCGAUUCAGUUUGCCGUAUGUUACUGUGCAAGUUGCUGUUAAUUAGCUUGUUAGGCCCUAAACAAAGAACACCCUCUUUUGGAAAUCAUAAAAAAAAUAUUUAUCAUAGGAAAAAAAUAAUUGCAUUUCUGAAAUCUGCUGGUAAAAAUACAUUAACUGUUCACUGAAAUUGUUUCAUAAAUGAAAAAGUAAUUUAAAGUGCCUUGUCCCGCCAUAAGGGACGGUUACUCAUUACUGGAGUUCAAGUUUCAUUCUACUUAGUAGCACUGUUACAGUUUGUUCAGUACCACAGUGAAACUAUAUUCCUGGACACACUUUCCUUGAUAUGAAGGUAAAGUUAUGGGUUGGAGCUGGCGCAGAUGUCACCCAGGUAGUAUGGGCAGGUGUGUUCGUUUCUUUCGCCUUGUGUAGCUUGUUCACUUUGCUACUAAGGCAGCUACAGUCGAAUUCAUGUAAACGUUGUAUACCAUUGGCUUUAUUCGUUUGAGCAGCCAUUUCUUGUUCAAGUUUUUCAUAAGUGCAUUCCGAAGGAUAGCUGGAUCGCAAGCCAGCGGACGACGAAUGUUCACCGUAACACAGCCCCGUUUUGCUUUUGAGAGAUGCUGCACAAAGCAUGCACCAUCACUAUGUGGGAACACUUGAAAUUGCCAGGAAAAUUUGUCAUGUUAUAGAAUGCUAGCAUUUCAGUUACAGGGCUAUGUGGACCACGCAUGUAUUUUGAUUCUAUAGCUUUGCUCUCGCGACAGUCCACAAGUAUAGUUGCAUGCAUACCAACUUUUAUGAUGUUCUUGUAAAAUGCCCAUUUUAGAGUUUGUUUGCGACUGUCAUAUUGACAAUUAAUUUACGAUUUUACACUUGCGGCAAGUGUAUGGUGAAAUCUAUUUUUAAGAAAUGCCAAACAAGGACUCUGACUGAUUUCUCUGCCUGAUAUUUCGGACCCACAUCCACUUAUUCAGAUAAUGGGAUCCAAAAUACCGACCGCCAUUACGUGAAUGCUUCUGUAAACAUCGUGAACAUUUUUCGUUGUCCGUAUGUGGCUCAGAUCAGUGUUGUGAUCAUCGUGCAGAACGUCUGUUCACAGCAUCUCAACUGAACACUUUUUUGAAUUUCAUAGAUAAACAGUUGAGAUAUUGUGUAACAAAACAAGUUCUAGUAUUUUUCAGCUGAUGAGGUUGGCAGGUCUGUAGCUGCUAUGGUCCCAUGACUUGAGACACUUGUUUAUGGCAGUGUCGUUUGUUCCUGUUAGUCAUGGUCUUGUCGGUCACAAUGAUGUCAUAGCUGGAUUCGCAAAGCCAGGCUCAAAGCGAUAUAUCACAAAAGUUUCAUCUCCUUUGGUUGCUGUAAUUCCUAUUCGAGCGAAAGUCAGCUCAUCUGUUCACAUUCGUCGGCCCGAUGUUAACUGUGCAUUCCAAUAUUUACGAGUGUUCAUCUGCCAACAUUUUGAAUGUUCUCCCUGUGUGUAUAUUCUGUCAGAAUUCACAGUGAAGCGAGAACAUUGUCACCAUGACUGCGAGCAAGUACCAAUCAUAGGGUGUUCUAAUUAAGUCACUUUGAAGUGCCAUUUCUAUUGUUCUGAGUGCCUCAUUACCAUUAAUAGAGUUCAGGGCAUUGCACUUACACUUCCAUAUGCCUAUACUGUUUGCCCCCCAUUUGUUCUACGUGCUUCCCCCCCCCCUUGUUUCUUUUUUUUUGUAUUGUGUUUUUUAAAUGUUUCAUAAAUGUGUAUUGUGGCAUCAUGUUUCCAAUACAUUGCUGCAGUUUCAGAUUACUGCUCACACAUGUUUUUUAGUCUGAACUGAGUGAUGUAAAUGUGUGGUGUGUAUUAUAUUGUGUGAAAGCAUGUUGGAAAUAAAGAUAAUUCAGUGUUUAAACAAGCA